CAUCGGCUGUUCUCGUGGAAUUUUUGCUCACAUAUUCGUGGGAUAUAAAUUUCGUCGCGACAGUUUUGAAUGUUUUUCAUAUGUUCUACUAAAAAGUAGCUUCAGAAGUACGUCAUGUAGUUAGCUAAUCCUCAAGCAACUCAGCUAUUCCGUUUCGGAAAUAGCCAAGACUAGUGGUUGAAGAGAAUCUUAAUACAAGCUACGUCUCCGCAUCGUAUUGAGUGAAUGGAAGAUGUACCACUUACAUUUGCUAUUACUGUGACAGCGCUGUGUCACUGGACACUGGGUUGCAGUUCAGAGAUAUCACCGGCGAUUCAGGCAUUAAAGAAAUCGGUAUAUGUCACCGAGUGUGCGCAGUUAUCACACUCUCCUACUGACAAGAAGCGGCAGAUGCUCAAAUAAUCUCUGACGAGUGAACGCACAUUACUCCUUCUGCGGUGGAAUAACUUUGACUGUGAAUGUAACGGAAACGUAUGUAGGUGGCUGACUUACUUUUUUGCUUACUGGAAUUUUCUGGAUUGAAAACACACGUUCUGCGUAAUUUUUCUGGCAAAACAUGCAGUUAAGCUCAAUGUGUGUGCAGGACACUAGCUAUAGCAGAGUUUGCAGUUUUGUCGCCGGGAAGCCAUGACUCCGUAUUGAUGACCUAAAUAUUUUUGCAAGAAUGAAACUGUCGUUUUAUGGGAUUGACCUGGAUUAGAAGAGGAGACUCAGGGACCACCAACUUGAACACCCUCUGUGGAAUUGUCACUAGGCACAUAGGCACACAGACUAUGAAGUAGGACACGGACUCUCUUAACCCUCCUAUAGCAAUCUGGCGUGCUUGUCUGUUAGAGCUGUAAUGUAUGCAUGCUCUGAUUAUAUACUGCCAACAUUUCAGGCAGACUUGCACUGUUCUUGAGUUAGAGGCUGCCCUUAAUCACGAGCACCCAAGUGGCCUAAUGUGUGGAAGCCUAUGCCUGCCAGAGACUGAUCCUGUGCAGUGACGUCCAGGUUAGCGUAUCCUGCUGCCCGCUCACCUGUCCGCCAGCGCCAGGAUGUCUCGGGGCGAGCUGAUCGAGCUGCAGGAGCUGACCCUGGAUGAUCGGAUUGAGCUGACCACCCCGCCGGCGCCCCGGACCCCCCGGCUGGAGCGGGUGAACGCCCUGCGCAUCAGCCCAGGGAAGGUUCCGGAGCUCCUGAGCAGGGUGCGGAUAAUUCGGCUGCUGGGGGAGAGCAUCGACCCGCGUCUCACCGACGAUAAAGGGGAGGGGCAUGAUUUCCAGCCCUGCACCCAUGCCCAGCCCACCUGGUGUGACCUGUGUGGAGACUUCAUCUGGGGCCUAUACAAGCAGAGCCUGCGCUGCACCCACUGCAGGUUCACCUGCCACUAUCGCUGCCGAGCUCUCAUCCAAUUAGACUGCAGCUCUGAACGUGGAACUUUAACUGACCAGCCAGAUAAUGUGGAGGACACCAUAGAGACAGACACCAAUGUGGAUGAGCAGAUUGAGUGGGGCAAACAGGAGCUUUCUCACAGUGAGAUUGAGCAGAAGGUGAAGGAGUACAAUGCUCAGAUCAACAGCAACCUCUUCAUGGCCCUGAACAAAGAUGGCUCCUACACUGGGUUCAUCAAGGUCCACUUUAAGCUGGUGCGGCCCGUCUCAGUUCCUCCGCCCCGCAAGGCAGCCACGCCGCAGGAGGGGGGCCGGCGGGCCACAGGGGUGAAGCGCCGCACCUCCUUCUACCUGCCCAAGGACACUGCCAAGCACCUGCACAUCAGCUCUCGAACCCGGGCCCGUGAGGUCAUCGAAGCGCUGCUCAACAAGUUCACUGUGGUGGACAACCCCCGCAAGUUUGCCCUGUUUGAACGCAGCGAGCGCCACGAUCAAGUGUACCUGCGGAAGCUGGGAGAUGACGAGCGACCGCUGCAUCUGCGUCUGUGUGCAGGGCCCAGUGAGAAGGCCCUCAGCCUGGUGCUGAAGGAGAAUGAGACCGGAGAGGUCAAUUGGGAUGCCUUCACAGUCCCAGAGCUGCACAACUUCCUGCGUAUCCUGCAGCGCGAGGAGGAGGAACACGUUAAGCAAAUAGUGCAGCGCUACGCUCGUGCCCGGGACAAGAUGCGGGAGGCGUUGGCUGGCAGCACCCCGGGUUGACAGGCGUCCUCUGGCGGGGGACCCCGCACUUCUGACUGGCGGCCACCAGAGGGCCACCUGUCACCCCUGAAUCCAAAGAACCCAGCUGACAGUGUGUGAGAACAGGGCGUGGUGCCACCAAAGUGGUGGUAGUCCUGAGAGCGAGAGUGAGAACCGUGAAGUGCCUUCGACCUAGAGAGAAUGAGUUGUUCCUGUGAGAGAACGAGCGAGCGCAAGAGAGAGAGAAAAUGUGCCUGACGUAAGGCCUAGCUGUAUCCAGUUGUGUCAGCCCUGACAGACUCAUGUUGUACCUUCAGCACUUCCUGUAAACAGAUUUUUUUUUCUGCACUGAAGUGGCACAAAAAUGUUCUGUCAGGUUGUCAUUGCUGCUGCUGCUGCUGCUGUUGUUAAUGUUGCCCCCCCAACCCCCCAACUUUUCCUCCACUUCCCUUGACCCCUGUACCUCUGUGAGAUGGAGUGACUUUGAGUGACAGGAGAGCUGGGAGUGUGUUGGCGAGUUCUGUGAUUGACAGGUGUGUGGAUGUGAUGUCUGACCCUAAUGCAUUAGUCACCAGGACAACAUAAGAAGCACUCUGGGAAACUAGACUUUGCUAAACUGGAAACUGGUGCUUUUUACCUCUGGGGGUGUGUGAUAAGGGGUGGGGGUGGGCUUGAGUCAUCUUCCCUCCUUUACAGAGGGUUGUAAGAUGAAGAAUGAUUGACCUCUUUAUUCUGUAACACUUUUUCACCUUUCUGUGUUCUCUGUCAACUUUAAUUAUUUUUUUGUAAUAUUCUGUUAACUUGUAUUUUGGGGGUAGAACCACAGUACAUCACUUACUUGGUUCUGGUAGACCCCUCUCUCAACCACUACUGUCUUUGUCAAUGACUCCUCUGUUUUCAUUAAAACAACCUCUGUCUGAGUUUAAAUACUUAAGUAUCCAUCAUCUAAUCUUCUUUAAACUCUUACUGCUUGAAGGUCUUUCAUACAUGAUCUAAUUCUAGAGAGUAUGUGCACAAUAAAUGUAUUCCCCCACCUAAACGUGUUGUCUUCUGUUGAGUUGGGUGAGAGUUAUGCCUGUAAUUUGCAGUGCUUGCAAUGUCAGUCAUGUAUGGGGAUAUACACAAGGAUAUACACCUUGCUCAAAGUUGCAAC